UCACAAAAGGCAACUCUUCAAUUUAUGAAGGAGGAGGAAAGAAAGUUGGGAAAUGAAAAGGAGGCUGCCAACAGAGAGUUAAAUGACUUGAGGAGAGCUAAUGCACAAAUCAACCAGAGAAGAGAGUAUCUCGAGGGCAGACUAGAUGCAGAAACUGAAGAAUCUGAUUAUGACCUAGACGAAGAAUACAGAGAUCAAACCCUGCGUGGAAGGCAGAAAUAUCUCCUGAAUGAGGUCAAAUGUUUGGAGACAACAUUAGCAAAGCGUCGUGCAGAAUUAAGACAAUCUGAUAGACUUUUAGCAGAGUGUCAGAGUGACCUGGCAGCUGCUAGGGAUGAG